ACCCGGGAUCUUUUUCGCGCUGGCAGCAUAGGCGCGCAGUUAUGGCGCGGAAGUCGAAUCUGCCUGAACUUUUCGUGCUGGUCCUCCUGGGCCCCGCCCUGGAGGUCGGCUCCAGCCGUCUGCCUCUGGUUCUCAACACUUGGCCUUUUAAGAAUGCCACCGAAGCAGCAUGGCGGACAUUAUUAUCUGGAGGUUCUGUCCUGGACGCAGUUGAGAGUGGCUGUGCCAUGUGUGAGGCAGAGCAGUGUGACGGCACUGUAGGCUUUGGCGGAAGUCCUGAUGAACUUGGGGAAACCACACUGGAUGCUAUGAUCAUGGAUGGCACCACUAUGGCUGUGGGAGCCGUAGGAGAUCUUAGACGAAUUAAAAAUGCAAUCGGUGUGGCACGGAAAGUACUGGAACAUACAACACAUACACUUUUAGUAGGAGAGUCAGCCACCAAGUUUGCUGAAAGUAUGGGGUUUACCAAUGAGGACUUAUCUACCCGUAGCUCUCGAGCUAUUCAUUCAGAUUGGCUUGCUCGGAAGUGCCAGCCAAAUUACUGGAGAAAUGUAGUACCAGAUCCUACAAAACACUGUGGUCCCUACAAACCAUCUGAUGUCUUAGAGCCCAGUAAUCUUACGUACAGAGAAACAGAUGUUCAUGGUCAUGAUACUAUUGGCAUGGUUGUAAUCCAUAAGAUGGGACGUACUGCUGCUGGUACAUCUACAAACGGUCUAAAAUUCAAAAUACAUGGUCGUAUAGGAGAUUCACCAGUACCUGGAGCUGGGGCCUAUGCUGAUGAUACUGCAGGGGCCGCUGCAGCCACUGGGGAUGGUGAUACAUUGCUGCGCUUUCUACCAAGCUACCAAGCUGUGGAAUAUAUGAGAGGAGGAGACGAGCCAAGCGUAGCUUGCCAAAAAGUGAUAUCAAGAAUUCAGAAGUAUUCUCCAAAAUUCUUUGGGGCUGUUAUAUGUGCCAAUGUGAUAGGAAGUUAUGAUCUUGGUGACGCUAAAGAACAAAAAGCAUUACUAGGCAGCAAACCAAGCAAGCUAGUGGAAUUAUUUUUGCACUGUUUGGGGCACGUCUUUUGCUUGUUGCUUCUCAGCCUGUCAUUUUCAGAGCAUCCACUGCUGAUUCUCAGGUGCUGCUUGUAAUAAACUUCCAACAUUUACCCAGUUUAGUUUCAUGGUUUAUAAUUCUCUCAAAAAUCAGUCAACUGAGGAAAAAGUAGACUGCAUCUAAUCCAUUUGUCAUCAGCAUUUGUACUUGAAGAAGAAAGAAAGAAAGAAAGAAAGAAAGAAAGAAAGAAAGAAAGAAAGAAAGAAAGAAAGAGAAAGAAAGGAAGGAAAGAAAGAAGGCUGAGAAGGUGCUCACUGUCAUUAUGUGCUGCUCCUCAUCCAUUUCAAGUCCUUGUCUAAACAUCAUGGCCAAAAUCCCAUGCUGAGUGGCAUUUUUGUAUAAAUUUUUAUUUAAGCUCUUUUUAACACCAGAGAAUGAAUAUUCAUGUAUAUGUGAUAUAUUUACUUAAGUUUUUAGUGAUAAUUAAAUUUCUGAUCAAUGUUGUACAAGAAAUUGAAUUUAUUAUCACAAUGCCAUCCAAAUAAAUUAUCUGUGUUUGAGUACUUAGUAUACAAGCUUCCUAGACCCAGAGAAUACGGUAAUGCUAUCUCAGCAAAUUAGUCCUAACUAAAUUUCAGAAAGUUACAGUGAUAUAUCUCUUACCACUGAUUGUCAGGUUUUACCUAUUGUUCCCUAAUAGCUUAAAGCAGGAAGAAUACUAUCAAUAUAGAUGAGUUUUGUCUUGUGCCUUUUGAAAAGUAUGUACAGUCAUCUGAUGAGCAUAUAGUUGGUUUUCUUUGGAUUUCUCUUUGAUGGAUUGUUUAGCAUGCAAAGGUUAUUAAUCCACAGAAAUCUCUGAUCUUUUGGCAACUAAUAGUCAAUAUUGAUCAUUUCUUUAGAAAAUAAUUUGGGGAACUUGAUUUGUACUGUAAUUUUAUUAAUCCCUUGUGCAGAUGCAGAGAUUGCAAUUAAAAAAUGUCAAUAAAUGUGCUGUCUAGCUUAGUAUUGUUUUCCUAGCAUCCGUAUCAACUAUCCGUAA